CUACAUACCUUCUGUCACAUCCUUUAACUUGGUGUCCGCCUCAUCUGCAUCCCACAGCUCCACGUCUGGCAGCCAGGCUGCUACCAUGUCAGGCAUUGUUGACGCGUACUCAACUAUUUCUGUCAGGUCUUCUUGAGGGACAUUCAUCUGCUUGGCGACCUCACGGACUACUUCGAGGCCCUUCGCAACAAGAGCCCCACAGACUGGCUUGAUUUCGUCACGAUCGCACAUGCGCUGUUCAGAAUCGAAUGCGCGCUGCAGAGCGGGAAGCACCAGAAUCAUGUGAAGAAUAGAUGAAGAAUAAUGACCACCUACCAGCAGCUCUCUGGCCAACUCGAUUCCAAGGCAGAUGAGUGAUUCGAGACUAUGAUGUAGCGUCUCUUCGCCACUUGUUUGCCAGGCCUCCUCGAUUUUGCCACGCGCCUUCAAGGUCAGCUGAACGGGCAUCUGAUUGAGAUGGCCGAGGUCCUUGCUAUCGAUCGUAGCGGCAAGUUGCUGUAGUCGGGUGUUGGCUCUACAACAGCUCAGACAAUGGGGAUAUUUGCUUCCUGCAGUGCAGUGCAGUCCUUAAACACCUGUCGAUGAUUGAGAGGAACUUCUUUACUACGAACUCAGGAUCGAGAUUCAGUAUGCAGUCCCCUGAACCACACAAAGCAAGUCAUACACCUACAUGGACCUCUAUAUCGCUUACUGGCGGGUCGCAUCGCUUUUCUGAAGAGCUCCUUUGCUGCAGCCUUUGUUUUCUUCUCAUCGAGGUUUGCGAGAUAGUCUUGCACGUUCUUCAGGGCGUCCACGACCAGCUCGGCAAGGCGUGCACGACUCUGCAUCCACACAGACAGAUGGGCAAGUAUGGAAACUAUAAAUACUGCAGCCGACCUCGCCACUGUCGAUCUUCAGUAUUGCUGCAUUCUCAGCAUGUCCAGCACGCUUUUCAGCCAUUGAGUUGCCUUUUGCAGGAACCCCUUUUCGUCGUUCUCCAGCAAUUUUGUGUUCAUGAAUGCCGUCUGUAGCUCCAUAAGUAUACUCUCAAACCCGUCGAGUACCUACAAAAGGGAGAAGAAGAUCCUGUGAUAUCAAAGUAUUCUUCUCGCAUGCCUUCUGAGCCAAUCCGAUUGAAGCGAGACUUGCUGCAUCCACAUGCAUACAGCACAUACAAUCGAUGCAUGAAAAAGCGUCACGUGUCCCUGCCAACUAGUACCUUGCGGUGAUUCGCGGCUUUCUAAGCCGUGUAUGUUCCCCUGUGCUGAUGUUCUGUACGUCUGCAUCAACGUUCGAAUCUCGGGCUUUGCUUUUGCCUCAUCCCAUGGCGUCUCUCCCUGGUGACGGAAAGAGAAACAUCAAGCUUCCAUUCCUUAUAAAUCUGAGUACACUUACAAGGUUGUCCUUGAUUUCCAGGAGAGAUGCAUCGCCCACCUCGAGCAAAAAUCGCACUGCUGAUUCAUGACCUCUCUUGGCAGCCUCGUGAAGUGCUGUCUCGCCCGUCUGUGUAUCUCACAAACGGACAAGAACUGCGAUGACAGCCAUUCUGUGCACCUGCGUGUCUCUCACAUUGUCCUGAUGAACGAGUAUGUCUCGGCCCUUUGUGUCAAACAUGACCUUCAGCACGUCCACAUGACCGUACCGAGCUGCUCUCAUAAGAGACGUCAUUCCAAGCUGCAUUCCCAAUGCACUGACAAUCGACACGAGGGUACGAUGCAUUCCGCUGGUGUCUCCUACCCUGCUUCGUGCAUCGAGCAGCUCGGAGCCGCCGCAUCUCAGCAAAAACUCGAUGGCUGCAACCUGACUAUUGAUGGCAGCCAAGUCCAUGGCUGUGAUACCGAUCUACAUUUCAUGACAUUCAAAACAGCACUUAUUCACCGGCAGCAAAGAGGAUUUUUCUCAAUUUGGACCUUGUCCGAUUGCUGUAGUAUCGAUUGCUGCUUUUCGUACAUGGCUUCCAUGACAGCGACUUGUCCCUUCUCCGCAGCCACGAGAAAGGGUGAGUACCCGAACUCGUUUCGUUUCUCGAGUAUGCCCAUGUCCUCAAUGAGCAAACGAACGACGGACUGCGCAUCGCCGGCCUUGACGGCUUCGAAGAUAUUAGUCUGCGGUCGCCAAGGACGCCGACACAGAUCCGAUGGUCCCUGAUUGCAUGUGCUCUUGUGUGUCUGUACGAAUUUGAUGUUUGGCGGCUGUGGUGACGCCGGUCGGCUGCCGUGCCCUUCCUGGGGUUCUGCACGAAACACAACAUUAGAUGCUGUACCGCGUAUAGAAGACAGACCUUUUUCCGUCAGCCAUUCUUUGAACUGGCCGCAUUCCCAUAUGCCUUCCCUCGUUACACCUGCAUGAAGAAAUACGUGUCUCCAUGUAGAGUGCCUUUUGCUGUUGUGUGGAUACAUACCUUCUUUGUCAGUGUAUUUUCCCUUGCCAUGCUGCUUGCCAUCCUUACACGCCCUGAUAUACCAGAAAGGGACGUGUCACAUCGAAUGGGUUUAGUGACGUAUGUGUGUCUCUCAUGCACCUCGUAAGAGUUGCAGCCGGGCCACGAGAACUUGCCCCAUCCGUGUUUCUUGUCCUCAUUGUACUGACCCUCAUGACAACGGCCGUCAGGCCAUCUGUAAGUCCCCGAUCCGUGCAUGUGGUUCUGCGCCCACUGUGCUCAUACAUGAGAAGACGGCGUAGCUAUUGUUUGGAUGUAUGUGUGUGUGCUGUGUAUGACCUGUCCUUUGUAGAGGCGUCCGUCAGCCCAUUUGUAGGUGCCCUCUCCGUGUAUGUCGUCGUUAAUGAAUUGGCCCUCGUAUGUCUUGCCAUCAGGCCACGUGCACAUACCCUUACCGUUCUUCUUGUUGCCCCUGCAUCCACGCAACCAAACAAAGCACAGCAACAGGCGAAAUCGUGUGUGUGUCUAACGUGGCCGGCUGUCUUGUGAGUCGACACAUACUUGUAGUAUCCCUUGAAUGUUUGUCCGCUGGAAUACUUUUCGAUGCCAUAGCCUUCCUGCUUGUCCUCCACCCAAUCGCCCUCGUAUCUGCAGCGCUCAUGACAAAUUUGCCUGCUCCCUUCCCCUCUAUCCUCACGCACUUGAGCUUACCUGGAUCCAUUGGCAUGUGUAUAUGUGCCCUUGCCAUGUCUCUCGCCAUCCUUCCACUCGCCCUGAUAUACCAGAAAGGGACUUGUCACAUCGAAUGGGUUUAGUGACGUAUGUGUGUCUCUCAUGCACCUCGUAAGAGUUGCCGCCGGGCCACGAGAACUUGCCCCAUCCGUGUUUCUUGCCUUCGUGGAAGUGCCCCUUAUAACAACCGCCGUCAGGCCAAGUGAUGACACCCUCCCCGUUCCUUUUGCCGCCCCUGCACAAUCAUGUGCGUCUCUUGUGUCGCUGACUGAUUGACUGUGCGUGCCCACUUGAAGCAUCCCUUAUAUAUUGAUCCGUCUGCCAACGACUCGACACCAUAGCCACCGUACAUGUUUUCCGUCCAAUCAUCUUCAUAGCUGCAGUAUAUACAACAAACCGGCUUGCUGUCUUCUUUCAACUGUCUCUUUCGAUCCUUCCUCGCGCACCUUGAUCCGUUAGCAUACGUGUAUUUGCCCUUUCCAUGGUACCGGCCGUCCUUGAAGUCGCCCUCGUACACGAAACCGCUUCUGUCUGUGAGCUUCCCGGUGCCCUGCGUGCACCACGAAGCACCACUCGUGUCAGCCUAUAUAUCCGUCCUUUGUCAGCAGCUCACGUUGUACUGAUUGUCUUUGACUUGUCCUUCGUAUUUUUGUCCAUCUGGCCGUUCCAACACACCGUAGCCGUCGAAGACACCACCAACCCACUCGCCCUCGUACUUAUCGCCUCCUGCAAUACCGAGCAUAGUCACAAGCAUAGCAAUCUUGCCCAUGAGUGGCAUUUUCAAGUACCAGCAAGCACUACAAGAGGGCUCUUUUCCCUUGUCUUUGAGAAGGAGAGCUGCAUUCACCGCUUCAUAUGAGUUCAUGAGUGUGUACGUGUUUGGUGUCUGGUUGUGGCGCCGGAGCUGGUGUGAGAGUGACUGCAUAACCGAUCAACGGGCAUUCAUACACAAGAUGAUCAAGACGUGGUCACUUUGUUCACGUGCAGACCUCCUUGCUGCUUGUACUUCUCCAUGACUUUUCUGAUGCUCGGCUUCUGCGCUCCUAUGUCCCACGGGGUCUGCCCCUUUUACAUCAAUGAACAUAUCGAGCCAUCGAGUCCAUUGCGCGGUGGGAUAGUUGAACGAACGCUUACAUUGUUGUUUUUGACGUCAAGUGGGGCACACCAGUCACAACUGACCCAUCCAGGAACACAAACACACAGAGACAGACAGAGAGAGAGUGCGGAUGAGAAAUUCGCCAGUCAUUCAUGUCGCUCACAGCUGAGACACAGCUUCAGUGCGGUCCCAGAGUGCAGCCUGAUGGAGUGCCGUGUUCCCAUGCUGCGUGUCCCAUGAAUACACAGAGAGGCAAUCAAGCAGUGAGAGAAGGUCCUCUUGUUUUACAUUGUCCUUUUGUGUGAGUAGGUCCUUUCGUUUGGCGAACAUAGCUUUCAUCGCAGCAACAUCACCCUUGUAGGCAGCAUCGAUGAAUGACGUGCUGCCAAGCUGAAACCAACGCAUACAAAAUCGACAGGUUUAGGCAUCAGAGACAUAUGCGUGCUCGGUUACCCAAUCGCGUGCGUCUAGCUGUUUGGGAUCCCACGCCAGCAGCUGCCUGACGACUGCGAGUCUACCCCACCCGACAGCCACAUGCAUUGCAGUAGAAUGGCUCUGUGAAAAAUCGUCAAAGUUGUCGCAGCGACAAAGAUCCUGUCCUGUAUUGGUACCAAGCCUGUCUGCUCCAAAAUUGGUGGCCCGUAGCGAUCAUACAUGACCGACAUAAUGUCGACGUCGCCGUUACGUGCAGCUGCUAUGAAAGGUGUGUGCUGAGCAGCCAUGAGGAAUGUACAGACCAUUGAGUCCGCUUGUGGGUCCGACGAUUGCUUUUACCCCAAGAACUUUGUCUCGUGUGUUGAGUAUCUCUAUUUCGCCUUGUGUAAUCAGGUGAGCGACGGAGUGCUUGUUGCCUGCCUCCACGGCCUCGAAGAUGCUCUGCAUUCAUUAAUGUUGCUUACUGGAAUCCAUGUAGGCGGUGGAAUCAUUCCCUUCUCGUACCCCAAUCGUGUAUUUCUCCAU